AUGUCUGGCGUGGAAGCAAUUCUUGGUAUUGUCACCGGGGCCGCGGGCUUGCUCUCGCUAGCCAUCGAGCUUGGUGAGAGCGCUGAAAAGCUGAGAAGACUGUACCAUGGGGUCAAGGGCGCGCCCAAGACCAUUGAAGUGCUGAUGGUUGACCUGGAGACAAUGUCCAUGGCGUUAUGCGAGGUCGAAAGGACCCGACAACGGGACACUUCCACUAGUGCUAUACUCGAGCGUUGUAUCUUCAGAUGCCAACAAAGCACGGGCACCAUCAAGCAUGUCGUCGAAAAGAUGGAAUCCUGCAUCGCUAAGCACAACCGACUACGUGGAAAGUUAUACACUGCUUUCAGGGAGAGGGACGUCAAGGAGCUGCUUGAUGACCUUGAGAGAGCCAAGACUUCAUUACAUUUGGCGUACACCAUGUAUCAUACUGAACAGCAAAUUCAGCGAGAUCAUGAAUACGGCAGCAUGCUUACCGCUCAGGGCCACAGAUCGGACGAUAUACUGCAACAACUGAUGCUUCUGUCGCAAUCGUUCACGCCACGAGAGCAGCGUCCGUUGGCCAUCGCUGACGAUGAGGCUGCAGCAACAUGCCCCAUGCCAAUCAUUGCCCGUGAGAUGAAUAUUACAGUAGCGGGCAAUGACAACGCACGGCAAGAUCAAACCGGACAUUGUCAACCUCCGCCCCGGCGUGUCAAGAGCGAACACACUAGAAACCAGCGGCGGAUUCGAUUUCAUCUUCCGGUGUGGCUUUGCAGUAGGAUAUGGGAUCUCACUAUCAGUAGCAGCCACUGUCGCUGGAGCAUGCAUCUGAGCACGUACAACGUUGUUUCAAAACAUGCGGCCAUCUUCCGCUAUUGUCGUUUGGGCAACAUUGGAGAAGUACAGAGGCUCAUUCAAAGUGGGGAAGCUUCUCUACUAGACAUCGCAAUAUCGGAUUAUGAGGGCCAAGAUCUCUAUACAUUGAUCGAGCUUUCCACACGUUGUGGUCAGCAUGCAGUUUGCCAAUAUCUCCUGCAACAGACGUCCUGGCCAGAUCAGGCGAAGGUUCUGAGCCGUGCUCUUUCCCGUUCUCGAGAAGAACCCGAGGAGCACAUGUAUCGCCUCUUCUUCGACACUCCAGGCUUUGACGCUGAUUUCGAAGAUGAUGAUCAUGAACACUGGCUUUCUCGGUGCAUAGACGUACCACGUUUGAAUUUCGUCCUAAGAUCCCAAUUUCCCCACUUCUUCGCCCUCUCUGCAGAUGAGAAGUUUGAGCUCGUUAUCCAGAAACGCAUGAGAUACGUCGAGACGCCCACUGAAUUUGUCAACCUCAUCGGCUUGUCACGGUCAGACCAGAGACUUGUUACUUUAAGGAGUAUCAAUGGCACAACGGUCUUACAUUAUGUUGCGAAGCGGCUCCGCGACAUUGCCAGGGGAAGGGUGUUGGCAUGGCCAGAGCCUUAUGAGCGGCCCUGCAGGAUUAGCAAGAGGGAGCCAUUGCAGGAUUGGCUCUCUUUUGGCGCAAGUCUCCUGAAGGAUGGCGCAGAUCCGUGCAGUAUCGCAUACCCAGAGUGCAGAGAUCGAGGGAAUGCUCCUGCAAGUCCGCUUUUGGAGACGUUGGGCCUUUGGAACUUCAAGUGGCAGUUCAAGCCAUCCGAUAAAGCUCGUAUCAUUGAGCUCAUUGAACUCAUCCGGAUUUGGGCCGAAAUGUUGCAGCAAGCUGGGAUCGACUUGUAUCAAUAUGGUGCUUCAGAGAGCGAGAUAUGGCAGUCACUCAAGCCCUUCUACCUACCUUCAAAUCCUGGACCGAAGGCGGAAGGUUUCGCCGAAACGAUGAUAGUCGAACAACUUGUAUACGGAUCAACACCGGCAGACUGGGGCGUACUACUUUGCCCGUUUUGGACCAUUCAUGUUUACAAGCUGCGCCGGUUGCCAGGCGACUUCGUGGGAGAGAGGCUGCUGCCUGAAGUGAUCCCAUGGAGCCCAAUGAGAGAGGAAGAUGGCGAAGGAUAUUGGGAUAUUGUCAAGUCCACAACCAUGACUUCCACUUCUACUGAUCUCCGGAAUUUGGCCUAUCCCUCAAUUCCGAAUUUCGUGCAGCUGCUACAUGUGCUCGACGAAGGUCGCGUAGCCAGCCGCCCCUUCUGCAGCGAAGGGAAGCUGCGUACUGCGGACGCAGCUUCCGACAUUUCAGACGGCCUUGGUUAG